GCAUAUAUCUCCCUCCACGUACCCGGGCAUUAACCAACAUUUUUCGGCCGAAUAUGGAUGGGUUCAACUGUGGAUGCCUUCAAAAUGGCUCGAAAUCUUCAACCUUGAACCCACUACUACUAGAUCCCGAAGAAUUCAGGAAGCAAGGUCACAUGAUGAUAGAUUUUCUGGCCGAUUACUACAAAAACGUGGAGAAAUACCCAGUUCGAAGCCAAGUUCAGCCAGGCUAUCUGGCAGAACGUUUGCCAGCAUCACCUCCUUUCUCCCCAGAAUCAUUGGAAACCAUUCUCCAAGAUGUGCAGAUGCAUAUUAUCCCAGGAAUAACGCAUUGGCAAAGCCCAAACCACUUCGCUUACUUCCCAUCAAGCGGAAGCACCGCUGCUUUUCUGGGAGAAAUGCUCAGCACCGGCCUUAAUGUUGUCGGCUUUAACUGGAUAUCGUCGCCGGCCGCAACGGAGCUCGAGAGUAUUGUCAUGGAUUGGUUCGGACAAAUGCUUCAGCUCCCUAAAUCCUUUCUCUUCUCCGGCGGCGGUGGCGGCGUGUUGCAAGGCACCACCUGCGAGGCCCUUUUAUGUACCCUAAUUGCCGCAAGAGAUCGAACUCUGGGCCAUUUGGGUUUGGGGAGAGAUAGGAUUCUGAAGCUGGUUGUUUAUGGCUCCGAUCAAACCCAUUUUUCUCUCCAGAAGGCCUGCCGAAUCGCCGGAAUUAGCCCAGAGAAUAUUAGGCUUAUCUCGACGAACAAAUCCAGUGCAUUUGAGUUGUCGUCGGAGUCACUGGAGUCGGCUAUAGUCUCAGACGUCGAAGCUGGGCUGACUCCGCUGUUCCUUUGCGCCACUGUCGGGACAACUUCGUCUACCGCCGUUGAUCCACUGAGGCCUCUAUGCGCCGUCGCGAAACGCCACGGUUUGUGGGUCCACGUCGACGCGGCCUACGCCGGAAGCGCCUGCAUCUUGCCGGAGCUCCGCCACUUCCUCGAUGGGGUCGAGGGCGCAAACUCGUUCAGCCUCAACGCGCACAAGUGGUUCUUCACUAACUUGGAUUGUUGUUGCCUCUGGGUUAAGGAUCCAAAUGCCCUAAUCAAAGCUCUCUCAACAAAUCCAGAGUGUUUAAGAAACAAGGCUACCGAAUCAAAGCAAGUGGUGGAUUACAAAGACUGGCAAAUAGCCCUAAGCCGCCGGUUUCGGGCCAUGAAGCUGUGGCUUGUGCUACGUAGCCAUGGGGUUUACAACCUCAGCAGGUUCAUUAGAUGCCACAUCUCCAUGGCGAAGCAGUUCGAAGAGCUGGUGAAGAUGGACCAGAGGUUUGAGGUGGUUGUUCCUAGGACUUUUGCAGUGGUUUGUUUUAGGGUAUCCCCCAGUGCCAGUGGACUUGGAGAUGAUGAUGAUGAUAUGAAGCCCAGUGAGCAGAGCCAUGCAAACCAAUUCAACUCCAAAUUGCUGGAGUCCAUAAACGGGUCGGGCCAGAUCUACAUGAGCCAUGCUAUGCUUGGAGGAGUGUUUGUGAUUCGGUUUGCUGUUGGGGCCAGCCUCACCGGCCAUCGCCAUGUGAGCACGGCGUGGAAGGUAGUGCAAGAUCACGCAACCGCCAUGCUACGUGAAAUCUGAAUUGAUAUUUUAUCAAAUAAUAAAUCUUAAAUAUUAUUAUUUAGAAAGUAAAAUAAAAAAACGAACUCUUGAUGAUAUCUAUAGCACUUUUAGAUAAUAUUUGUGGUAACA